AGUUUUAUAUUUUACAUGGACGAAAGUGCUCCUCUUAAUAAAUCAAAUACAUUUUAGAUAUUUUUUAUUACUUGUUAGUUAUAUUCGUCCUCGCUGUAAUCGUUUAUAGUUUUUUUUUAAAUAAAUUUGAAUAUAAAAUAAUACAACAUGAAGGAAGCAUGUGUAAACUUAGUGCUCGUUUCAACAUUUCUUUUAUAUUUGGGAUUAGUUAAUGCCGAGUUGUGCAUUUCUUUCAAAUGCAACCCGAAAUCCGAGCAGAAUGUGACUCUAGCGGGACUUUUUAUGUUGUGUCCUAAUGAGAAAGUCGAAGUCCCUUGUACUCCAUGCGUGGAUUGCUCAAAACUCUAUCAAUGUGAUGCCAAGAUACGCGAUGUUGUUUAUAUAGAUGAAUUGAAGCUGUUUUGUCUCGAUGGUUUCAAUUGCAACAGGGAGUACACAAUGCCAUGCGAUUCAUGUGUAAGGAAGCGAUGCAAGAACCCGCGUAAAUUUAAAUGCGUGAGUGAUAAGCACGUUUUUGUGGAUGAUAUAUUAGUAACAUGUAAAUCGGGAUUCGCAUGCAAUCGUGACUAUUUACAUCCGUGUUAUCCAUGCAUCGGAGAUACAGAUUUUUCGUUUUCCAAAAUUGUUCGCUUCAAAUAGACACAGAAAAAUAGAGUUUAUAUAUAAUUAAUGGUUUGUUAUUUAUCAGAAAUAGAAAUAAAUUCAACUGCAAAAUA